AUGACGGUGGUUGUGGAGGUUAGAGAAUAUGACCCGAGUAAGGACUUAGCCACCGUGGAAGGCGUUGAACGGCGGUGCGAAGUUGGCCCCACCGGAAAACUCUCUCUCUUCACCGAUCUCUUAGGUGACCCUAUUUGCCGUGUCCGACAUUCACCCUCUUACCUCAUGCUGGUGGCCGAGAUUGUUACAGAGGAGAAGAAGGAAUUAGUUGGAAUGAUUCGAGGAUGUAUAAAAACCGUUACAUGUGGUAGCAAAAUACUCGAUUUAUCUCACAAACCACAAAACGACGUCGUUACCACUAAACCCCUUUACACUAAACUCGCUUACGUUUUGGGCCUCCGCGUUUCCCCUACUCACAGGAGGAAAGGGAUAGGGUUUAAGCUCGUGAAGAAAAUGGAAGAUUGGUUUAGUCAAAACGGCGCCGAAUAUUCUUAUAUCGCUACUGAAAACGACAAUCAAGCGUCCGUUAAUCUUUUCACCGGAAAAUGUGGUUACUCCAAGUUCCGUACGCCGUCGAUUUUGGUUAACCCGGUUUACGCACACCGGGUCAACAUUUCUAAUCGGGUCACCAUAAUCAAGCUUGAUCCGUCUGACGCUGAGUCACUAUACCGACUCCGGUUUAGCACAACCGAGUUUUUCCCACGAGACAUUGACUCGGUUCUCGAUAACAAACUCUCGCUAGGAACAUUCGUCGCUGUUCCACGUGGCAGCUGUUACGGAUCCGGGUACGGGUCAUGGCCCGGUUCGGCUAAAUUCCUGGAGUAUCCACCGGAUUCUUGGGCGGUUUUGAGCGUGUGGAAUUGUAAAGACUCGUUUCGGUUAGAAGUUCGCGGCGCGUCGAGAUUAAGGCGCGUGUUAGCCAAAACGACGCGCGUGGUGGACAAAACGCUGCCGUUUUUAAAACUUCCGUCGAUUCCGGCGGUUUUCCGACCGUUCGGGCUGCAUUUUAUGUACGGAAUCGGCGGAGAGGGACCACGAGCUGAGAAAAUGGUGAAGGCGUUGUGUGCUCACGCGCAUAAUCUGGCGAAGAAAGGAGGAUGUAGCGUUGUGGCGGCGGAAGUCGCCGGAGGAGAGCCGCUCCGGCGACGGAUACCGCAUUGGAAAGUGCUAUCGUGCGCCGAGGAUUUAUGGUGUAUUAAGCGGCUUGGAGAAGAUUACAGUGACGGUUCUGUUGGUGAUUGGACUAAAUCGCCACCUGGCGAUUCCAUUUUUGUUGACCCUAGAGAAUUUUAA